AUGUAUGUAGAUUUAAACUUAAAAUUUUCUUCAAAGAAGAAUGCAAAAGCUUUAAUAUUUAAAGCUCUUAAUAUAGGAUAUAAUAUAGUUGCUAUUAGUAUAAAUUAUGAUAUAAAUUCUAAUUUUAAUUUUGAUGAAAAAUGGAAAAUUGUAAACUGUUUUAAAUAUAAUGAUAUAUUACAUAAAUCAUACAACAAUGAAUCAGGCAAUUAUUUUAUUGAUAAUAUUAAUGAUGUAGAUGUAAUGAAUGACUACUUAUUAAAUAUAAAUAAUAAUAUAGAAGAAAAUUUCAUUUUAAUAAAUAGAAGUAAUACAUUAUGUAUAAAAGAUAUAUGUGAUGAUUUUAUAUUAAAUAAAAAAAAUGAAAUUACAGAAGAAGAAUUAAAAAAGUUAUAUAAUUUUUUACCAAGUACACAAUUUUUUUUAUCAAAUAACAAUAGUACAUAUAUAUUAAAAAGAUUAAAUAUAAAAUAUCAAGAUGCUUUAAAAAUAGAAAACUAUUAUAAAUUUAUUAGAGAAAAUAACUUUGAUUUAAUAGCAAUAGAAGUUACAUCAGCAGAAGAAAUUAAUUUGGCAGCAUCUAAAUUUGAUUGCGAUAUAAUUUUUUAUGAUUUAAAGAAAAGUUUUAUUUCGUUAAGAAAAUCUGAUAUACAAUCUGCAUUGGAUAAGGGUAUUUUUUUUGAAAUUUCUUCCUUGAACACAAUAAGUGAAGAUUACCAGUAUGUUAUUUCCGCUUUAAAUAUAAAUAAUUUGUUUUCUAUUGUUCCUCUAAAUAGACUUAUAUUUAGUUCAGGAAGCUUAAAAGAAAGUGAAAUAAUAGAACCAUUGCAUUUUUUGAGAAUAUUUUUUAAUUUCAAUACAUUAUCAUAUAAAGAUAUUAUUGGAUGUAUCACAAACGUGCCUAUUUUCUGCAUUCAAAGGGCUUCUGUAAGGAAAUCAUUAAAUACUGCAGUCUUCUUUAAAUCAGUUGAGACUAAGUGA